GGUGUCUGAACGUACACAGACGAACCAGAAUUAUUGGUCGACUUUAGACACAGUUAUUGAAGCUAUGAACCAGCAGUUUAAGGAUACCGACAAAGCUGACGAAUUGGACAAGCUUAAGCAGAAAUAUCUGGAGAGGAGGAAACAGUUUCCACCGUCAGAAUACAUAACCUCAGGAACCAGAGAUGAAGCAUUACAGAGGUGCAUUUUGGCCCAAAGGUCCAAACAGCCAAGCAAAGAGUUGAAAAGCUACAGCGAGGCCUUACGUGAGCUUUUCAAAACAGUUACCAACUAUCCUGACCAGUUGGGAAAUGAUCACAGUCUACAUGACAGUGAUCAAGACCUGAGUGCAGAUUCUACAUUAGUCCCGCUUCAGGACUCUCAGGUGCUGCUUACAGAAACAGAUGUGACCUUGCCCUCCUGUCUGCAUGGUAGUCCCGGGUCCCAGGAAACCGACAGAGACAGAGAGUUGCAGUUUGCUCGACAGUUCCCUGCCUCGUGUGGCUUCUCUUCCGUAGUACCAGCAAAGGUUUACCAAGAGAUGAUGACAAUCUACGAACAGCUGAAGGCAGAGCGACAAAGUCAGCAGCAAUGGGAAAGAGAAUUGUUUGAGCAAGAAAGGAGGCUGAAAAAGAAGGAAGAGGCUUUGGUGAGGCUGACUGGGCUAGAGGAGAUGGUCCGUGCUCGCAUUCAGGCUGUAGAGGAGAAACAUCAGCAAGAACUGAACCAGCUGCAGGAUCUUCUUCGAGAAAAGACUAAAGAGAACAAGAGGCUCAAAUCCAGCUUCGACACAAUCAAGGAGCUGAAUGACAACAUGAAAAAACAGGUGAAUGAGAUCAGUGAACAGAAUAAGAAGCUGGAGAGCCAGUCAAAGAGGGUGCAGGCUCGACUUGAGAACCUACAGAGGAAGUACGAGCAGAGCAUACCAUCAAGAGGCCAUCAGAAAGGAAGCAUGAAGAAUACAGAAUGUAUUCAACCACUCAAAAAGGAGAAAAAUACCGCUUCUGGAAAACCCAGCGAGAAGGGCAGCUCAAGUCUCAUAUCUCUAAAGCUCCUGGACCUUCUACUGGACUGGGUACUUGAUGGACAGAUGUUCUCAUCAGUAGCAGGAAAUGAACUGAAAGGUGUAGGCCAGUGUCUGCCUCAGGAGGUUGUACUCAGUGAGAGAUGUCUCAAGGUGCUGCCAUUAAUGGCAGAUCAGCUUCACCACACUCCUUUGUCAGAACCCAACCUUCUGCUCAACAUUCUUCGCCUCAUUUACUGGGCUUUGAGACACUUGGAUGACAGCAAACAGCAUGUAACAUUAUCUGCCACUCUGCGGCGGAUAGGAGAGGAAGUGUCGAAGCCCCCAGUCCAGUCAACAAUGCCGAAGUCCUUAGAUCCAGACCUGCCCAAAUCCUGCACUGAAGCAACUGGACCCUUCAGGAGUUUUCCCCUUUACCAGAGCCCUUGUCCUCACACACGUAUUCUUUCCAUCCUCAUCAUCUUACGCACCAUUACACAAGCUGAUGUGCUGGCCCAGGCGCGUGAGAACCUCCGCACUGAACUGAUGUGUGAGGACAGUCGAAGUGUGUUCAUCCACUCCGGAGGCCUGCAUGUGCUCCUGUUGAUGCUUCAGGCUGGUCGUGUAGGGCUAGAAACACCGAUAGACAUCCUGAUGCAGCUCUGCGAACCGUCCCGCUACUUAAAUUCCUUUCUGGAGGCAUGUAGCUGUGAGGAGUUUUUCAGAGCAGCUUCCCAGCUCCUUAAAAACCCUCGUCUGGAGCUGCCAUCUCUGGAGAAGCUCUCCAUCCUUCUGCAGAAGCUCUCCAGCAUCAGGAAGAACCGUCAUCUGUUUGAGCUGUCCUCCCUCCACCACCAGAUAAGAGAGCUGCAUCACAAAACCAACCCGGCACACACGUUCCUCUGCCUCAACAUCCGAUCCAUCCUUCACAACCUUAAAUAACACACACACGUGGUUCUCUGCCCCGUCGUGAAUUCAAGGUUUCUGGUAAAGCUCAGAUUGUUAUUCAAAAUGACAUUCCCUAUAUUUUACAGCUUCAAGACUUUUCUUGCUCUUUUAAUGUGUGUUCAAACUCUCAUUAUCGACCACACGUGAAAGCAGCAGCUUGAUUCCUGCUCUACCUCAAAUGACAUCUGCAGACAAAUUUUUUAUUAUUAAUACACGGAUGUGUUUUUGAAGUUCUUUUGUCUGUCAGAAGUGCUGUUUUAAGACUGUGUGUGUUUUGCACUUGUUGACCCACACUGUUUGUGUUCUAAAAUGCUAAUAUGUCUUUCUUUCAUGAAAACUCAUUAAAAAAAGACUAUCGCGCUUGCAAGAGGCUGUGACUGUGAAAGUUUUAAUGGCAAUAAACAAAAAGAGCUGAAGUGCAUGAAGUUUGGAUGGCAUAUGAAAUGCUGUAGUCCAUAUGUUUUUUAUAAACAUGUCUCAUUUAUUUAUUCCAGAGCAUGGGUGGGUUGAUGGGAGUAAUGGUCUCAGUAUGGGACACACUGGUGUUGGUUGAUGGAGAAGAUUGGACGGACUGGAACAAUUACAGCUGAUAUUUGAAAUGUGCUUGUUGAAAACCGCUUGGAUCGCGCUUGGCUGGUCUGAAUUUGAAAGACAUGCCUUCAGGUUUUUAAGGCCCCCCACAGAAUCUGAAUUCCUUAAUUAACUACAUGUUUGUUAAUUUAUAAGCUUUCGUUCGGCUCAGGUUUUGAGGAUAGGGAGCUUGAUGAAAGAAUUGCUGGAUAUUGUGUCCUUGGAUCACAUGCUUCCUUUAGGAUAAUAGAAUGCAGUGUAUUUGUACAUUCUGUUUUCUAUGUGAGGCCCCUAAAAUGAGUCCACACAGUUGAUUCACUGAAGGGCAAGGUGGGCCUCUUGAGGUGCAUCAAAUCAUUUUCACACUGUACGCAUCAUUACGCACCAAGUAGUGCAUCAGUAAUUAAUUAGUAUAGGAGCAAACAUAAAGAAAUAGAAUUUGGGAUGGGAGAAAAUGUAUUAGCUGUUUUUCAGUAGCACUCUUAUUAUAGUUUUUCGCCGUCCAUACAUGCAUACCUGGUGUUUGAUGUCAGUUUCUGCUACAGUAAUUAUAUCUAAUUAAAGUGAAUCAUUAAAAGGGUGUUUCUUUAUCUUUAAUGCCACAGAUAAGGAAAUGUGCACCCAGGGGUGAAAGUAUAAAGAGGUGAUAAUGGCGUUUAAUCACUUGUAUAUUACGGUGUUAUCAGGAUGAUCUUCCGUCCUUGAUGUUGAGACCUAUUUUCCCCAGAACUCUGUAAUAAAUGACUGUUUAGCUUUGA